AUGAAAAAUAUAUAUGAAUUGAACAAAUCUUCUGUCAACUAGCCCAGCAGACUACUGACAGAAAACGAGAUCAAAACUAUUACUUUGGCUUUCAAACUGUUUGAUAUUGAUGGAACUGGCUUUAUAAAGAAAGAAGAUCUGUAAAAGAUAUUCUAGUCGCUAGGUUAUAAGCUGACAAAAGAUGACUCCCAAGAUAUUUAUAAUAAGUGCUAGCUCAAUAAAGGUCUGUUAACACUUGAUUAAGUCUAGGACAUAUUCUAAAGAAAAAUAGACAUGAUUGAAGAAUGUGAUUUUAAUGGAGAUGGCCAAAUUAAUUAGGAGGACUUUGUAAAAUUAAUGAAGAAAUUUAAGAAAUUGCAAAAAUGA